UGGGGGCCUGGAGAGCCCAAAACAAAAACAAGGGGUUUGGUUGGGCUUCGCGUCGGCCGUGGCGGCUGCGCCCGUGGAGGCUCAGGGCUGGGGGGUGGGCGCUGCGCCCCUGGCGGGUGGGCGCGCUGGGAGCAGAAUGAAGCCGGGGCUGUAGGGCGGCGGUGACGGGGGGAGGGGUCGGAUGCGGGUCCCGGGCCUCCGCUGAGGCGGCGGGUCCGCGGAGACAGGUCCGGACGCCCCGCCGCACCCAGUCCCCGACGGACCGCGACGCCCGGCCGGUGGAGGCGCGUCUCCGGCACGAUGAAGGAUUUGGGGGCCGAGCACCUGGCAGGUCGGGAAGGGGUCCAGCUCUUCGGAUUGUUGAACCUCUACUUGGAACAGGAACAGCGGUUCCAACCGCGAGAGAAAGGGCUGAGCUUGAUCGAGGCUACCUCGGAGAAUGAUAACACUUUGUGUCCAAGAUUGAGAAAUGCCAAAGUAGAAGACUUAAGGAGUUUAACCAACUUUUUUGGAUCUUGCACUGAAACUUUUGUCCUGGCUGUCAAUAUUUUGGACAGAUUCUUGGCUCUUAUGAAGGUGAAACCUAAACAUUUGUCUUGCAUUGGAGUCUGUUGUUUUUUGCUGGCUGCUAGAAUAGUUGAAGAAGAAUGCAAUAUUCCAUCCACUCAUGAUGUAAUCCGGAUUAGUCAAUGCAAAUGUACUGCCUCUGACAUAAAACGGAUGGAAAAAAUAAUUUCAGAAAAAUUGCACUAUGAAUUGGAAGCUACUACUGCCUUAAACUUUUUGCACUUAUACCAUACUAUAGUAUUUUGUCAGACUUCAGAAAGGAAAGAAAUACUGAAUCUUGAUAAACUAGAAGCUCAGCUGAAAGCUUGCAACUGCCGGCUUACCUUUUCAAAAGCAAAACCAUCUGUAUUAGCUUUGUGCCUUCUCAAUUUGGAAGUAGAAACUUUGAAAUCCAUUGAAUUAUUGGAAAUUCUUCUGCUUGUUAAAAAACAUUCCAAGGUUAAUGACACUGAAUUCAUUUACUGGAGGGAGUUAGUUUCUAAAUGCCUCGCUGAAUAUUCUUCUCCUGAAUGUUGCAAACCAGAUCUUAAGAAAUUGGUUUGGAUUGUUUCAAGGCGCACAGCCCAGAAUCUCCACAACAGCUACUAUAGUGUCCCUGAGCUGCCAACAAUACCAGAGGGGGGUUGUUUUGAUGAAAGUGAAAGUGAGGACUCUUGUGAAGAUAUGAGUUGUGGAGAAGAGAGUCUCAGUAGCUCUCCUUCCAGUGAUCAGGAGUGCACUUUCUUUUUCAACUUCAAAGUGGCACAGACACUGUGCUUUCCGUCUUAGAAAUCCUACUGUUCUGUGUCAGCAUUUAAAGUGUGUGUACAGGUUUCCAAGCAAUAAAUGGGGGAGUAGGUAGUUCUCUGGUCCAACCCCCAUCUAGGCAGGAACUGCAUAGACUGGAAUAUACCUACUUUCUAUUUAUUAUUCAGAUCAGAUCUGGCCUAUUUUCAUAUUUAAUCCUAAGCCAUCAAAUGGGUUAGUGCCUCUUGAACAAGUAACAAUACUUUAGACAUUGGCACUUUAUUUUUCUCGUUGAUCUUUAGCUACUUGGGGGAGGAGGGAAGGUAUUGAUACCUUCAAUUUUAUUACUUUUCAAGAAUUUUUGAAGAUGAAUAGUAUAGGUAAUCUUAAACUUUUUAUAAAGCCUUCAGGUGUCUUUAUUUAAACAGAUUGGGAGUGGGCCAGUACUUCCUUAGCAGGGAAAAUGGAUAAACCUUUAAUGGUUUAUCUUAAAUCACUCCCUUACCCCCAUUCUCAGAACAGAGAAUACUAGUAUACUCUUAAAUGUCAAACACCUUCUUUGUUUCUUUUUUUAAAUAAUCACCUGUUGCAGACUCUAUAAAUUUGGGAAUUAUAAUGUUGCCAUAUCUGUAAAUUUUAGUAUGUAAUGUGUUAGUUGAGGUUUCUGCCAAAGCAGAAAUAAUCAACAGGCUAUGGUUAUUAGGUAAUUGCAUUCCUAAUGCCUAAGUAUUUUCAGACUGUAGUAUUAUUUUAAUGUUAUUAAAACAAUCCAUAAUCUGAUAGUUUUGCAUGCACCUGUGUUAAAAUAGUGCAGAAGGUUGAUCAGAACUAGGUAACUGUGGAAUUAUUAAAUGUUGAUCAAGUAGCACAUUUUAUCUCAUUUUCAUAUAUUAAAAAAAGUCUGCAUGAUUACAUUUUACUUCCUUUGUAAUUUACAUUUCAAAAAUAAUGGUAUUAGUGUAUGGGUGCCAAGAUUGAAUAUAAAGUAAAAAAAAAAAAAAAAAGGAUAACUUAAGUGUGUGUAGUGUUACAGUUUUUAGCAUAUCUGUGUGGUGGUACAGCCAUAAGAAUAGGGGACUUAUGAACUCUGUACACAUGAAAUUCUGUACAGAGAAUUUUUAAAUUUUAUAAAUUGUAUAUGAAAAUGUAAAUCUUAAAAAAAUGUACAUAAAAAUACUGUAUUUUUUUACCGUGUGUGAUAGUCUAGUAAUUGCAUGUAAAUAUAAUUUAUUGUGUAUUCUGUAUUAUAAAUCAAACAUUGAUGACUUACUUUUAAUGGUAAGUCAACAUCCAUUGGAUGUUUCCUGAAGUGGAUCUUAAGUAAUAAUGGAUUACAACUCAAAAUAAAAAUAUUAAUGAAUUGUA